UCGCAGUGCAGUGAGAGGAAAAACUGCCAAUGGAUUGCAAUGGCACAGGAUGUCAAACCGGUUGCUAUAAGGACAGCAACGGGGAUGGAGAGACGGAGAACAAGUCAAUCAGUGUUGAUAGCAGCCAUGAUAAGCACCAACGCCACCAGAAGAUGUGUCUCAAGUGUAAAGGAACCGAAGCCACAAUCUUCACUGGCGGAGAUGGUGGUGGCAGAUUCUGUGCCGAUUGCUUCCGCAGUAACCUUUACGGAAAGUUUAAGCUUGCUGUCACUUCUAAUGCCAUGAUUUCGCCGACUGAUAAAGUUCUUGUGGCCUUCUCCGGCGGCCCUUCAUCCAGGGUGGCUCUUCAGUUUGUUUCGGAGAUGCAACUCAAAGCCCAGAAAAAUUUCGAUGCAACUGCAGAUAGAGAUAGGUCUUUACCAGUGUUUGGUGUUGGAGUUGCUUUCAUUGAUGAGAGUGAAAUUCAUCCUUCCACUGCUGCUGAUUUGGACAAAGCAGUUGAAGACAUGAAAGAGAUUGUGUUGAAUUUAGCUCCACCAAGAAAAGAGUUGCACGUGGUGCCUAUCAGAAGCAUCUGUUCAGAAAAAACCAGUGAUGGAAGAGAAACAUUGGAGAAUUUAGUAAAUGCUGUUGGUGAUGCCACUGGAAAAGAAGAUCUUCUGGCACAUCUACGUAUGCUGUCCUUGCAAAAGAUUGCUAUUGAAAAUGGAUACACCAAACUUGUAUUAGGCUCUUGCACAUCAAGGAUAGCUUGCCAUGUACUUGCGGCAACAGUUAAGGGCCAAGGGUACUCGUUAGCAGCAGAUAUACAAUAUGCUGAUGCAAGGUGGGAAAUCCCGGUAGUACUUCCCCUACGUGAUUGUCUCAUGCAAGAGCUCAACAUACUUUGCAGUCUUGAUAGUUUGAAGAUCGUGGAGGUAUUCAACGAUUCUCGUGCCAACAUCAAUGGUCUUGUCUCAUCAUUUGUGAAACUCUUGCAGGAAGAAAAUCCUUCUCGAGAGUGCACAAUUGUACGGACUGCUGGGAAGCUUACUCCCUUUCCGUUUAAUAGGAUUCCUGAAGUGGAUGCAGAUGAUGUUCUUUUGGCAUCUCAACGUCGGCAAAAGAAGUUCAAUUUAAGGCCUAUUGAAUCCCUUCCCCCAGAGUCAUUCUGUCCAAUUUGCAACAGCCCAAUGAACGACUUACAAAACUCAAGUUGUUAUAGUAAUCCCCAACCGAAUCCCGAACUUUUUAGAGCUGCAUGCUGCUCUUGUUGCCAAUAUCAAGUACUUCCCGAGGAACCAUCAUCCAUGGACCAGUUCUAUUCGUUCUUACCAAAAUCUAUCAUUACCCGAGCAAAGGAUGGGAACCAAAAAUGGAUAAGGGAAAGGAUACAAGAUUGCCUGCUUUUAGACGAUGAAGAUGAAGUUUGAGGCUUCUGUGAGUGAUAUCCGUUCUUGAAAAUUGCAUCAUCGAUCUGCAGGUGGUAAGUUUGUUGGUUAUAGCAAAAUAAUUGAAUAUUUUGUCUUUCAUAAUUAUAUCAUCCCUCUUUAGAAAAAAACAAAACUAACAAAAGUCUAACGUAAUUUUGGUCGCAUCGAUAAAUUUAAAUUUGUUAA